AGAGUCUCAUAGAAGUUUGCUGCCUAUCCAUUGUAUUGGAGAAUGCACCACAAGCUUUUAACAGGAGCAGCUACAUUUGAGCAUUGGAAUGACAUCAGUAGUUGUUCAGAUUAACACCCACCCCUCUGGCAAAAAAAGGCAUUGACAUAUUUUCUGUUUGUGGGCUGGUUCCUUGACAUCGAAAUUAAACUGGCAGAGGAUAGAGAGUUGUUAACAUCUUUUCCAUUUUAAUUCUAUACAUAUGUUAUGUGUAAGCAAGGGGCACUUAAUUAAAUGGAGCUUACUUACUGUAUUGUAUUUAAAAAGAGCAAACAAACAAAAGUCUUCCCUGCCUUUCCGCUUGAAAGGUUUUGAGGCAGCUCACAACAAUGUAAACAUUUAAAGCAAUCAUUUCAAAAACAUUUAGAACAGCUGAAAGCAAUAAGCAGCAUUUUAAAAUUAAAACUGAUCAUCAAAAAGCAUGGAAGAAUAAAAACAUCUUCCAAUGGUUUUUUAAAAGCCUGUAAUAUAAGUGCCUUUAGCAUCUGUGGGGAGGGAGCCAUGGUCAUCACCCACUUAAUUUUAAGUGGGGGCAUCUGUAGCAGGGCCGUCAAAGAUUGGACAAAUUCUGUGGGAGCAAGUGGUCCUUCAGGUCCCAAGAUUCACUUGUGUCUAAUGGAGGCUCAUAGCAUUAGCUUGUUAUACUGGAAUAUUCUUAAAUGGGAUGUUUAUUAUUUUUUUUAAAUCCCUUUUACUUUCCUUAAAUCAUUGGAUAGGAAGAUAUACAUUUAAACUCAUCUGAUUUUGCUUUCAGUACUGAGAAUCACUUUUGGGUCUAACAGUGGGUGUUAAAAUGUGUAUCUUGACUUGUGAGCUGUUGCCACAGUCUAGCCAUUUGGAGCUGGUUGUAAGCAUUUAGUGAAAUCCUUGCCACCUAUUUUUAGAUGAAAUCCACUUGUGUGAGUUUGCUUUCACAUCUUGAAAACCCAGCAUUUCAAAGCAACAUUUGUUUAAGGGAGGAGGGAGAGGACAUAGAAGUUAGAAUGGGCAAGUUAAAUUAAAAUAGGCAGCCUAGGAAAUUGUAUGAAGGUUCUUAUUGGAGUUGCACAGUCUUUAGAACCCAUCUGAACAAUGACAAUAUAAAGGUGACUAUACAAAAAUAAUGUUGGCUAUCCAGCUAAACUUUUGCUUUAAAUUGAGGCAAUCAAAGAUUAAAAUCUAGACAUAUUAAUUUACCUACUUGUAAAAAAUAAAUGUCAUAUAACGUGGCUAACUCCAGGUUCUGAUCCCAAGUCACUGACAUUGAAAGCAAUGGAAUUUACCAAUUUAUGUCAUAAUAUGAGUGAACCUAUUGAAAUAAACUGACAUUAGUCAUCACUGACUUGAAGCCGUUCAUUUCAAUAGGCCUCUGAGUAUGACUUAGUUUUAUUCAAUGUAUUUAAUACUAGGGGCUGUGACCUUGCUCACUCCAUUCACCCCCACCCCCACAUUAACUUCUUUCUUCCAACCCCAUGCAACUAUUAAACUCGCUUUUUACCUUUCCAACCCCAUUUCAGGAGCCACUUCUUUUCUGCAGCCCCGCUUUGCACCCCUGUCUUCACCUUUACCCCCAUGUCCAUGCCUCCUCUUCCCCUUCCUUUUGUGCAACUUCCUCCUGCACACAGGCCACCCCCAUGGUAACUUCCUACAUCUUCCUUCUCCCACACAUUGUAACUACUAAGCACUUUUUUCACCUUCCACCCAAUUACAAAGCUACCAUUCCCUCCUAUUCUGCAGCCCCCUUCAUAUCCCCUUUCAUCAUCACCUCCAUUCCCAUGCCUCCUACUCCUUUUGGUUUUGCACCCCUGCUUUGCACCCCCAUUUUUACUUUCAUCCCCUUUUUUCUUCCUCAUCCUGCCUGCUCCUUUUCUCAGCUCUCUCUUGCACACCAGCCAUCCCCAUUUCCAUGCCUCCUCCCCUCUUUCCUAUUCUGCAGCCCCUCUUUGCACAUCCACCCCAUUUUCACCUUCCACCCUACCUCUUAUCCCUCCUUUUCUCAACUCUCCCUGACAUACAGACCACCCCAUUUUCAUACCUUCUAUUUUGCAGCCCUCUUUGCACCCCCCCCAUAAUGAUGUAUGUUACUGGAUUUCUAAGAUGAAUCUUAAGAACAAGCCUGUCAGCAAGCUGAUUCAGCUAGAGAAGGUUAAGUCCAGUUGGUGGUUGUUGCACAUAUAUGGGUGUUUGCUUGUUAAUAAAUUAUUACAUUGAAUGUGGAACUUCAUGUUGAAGACAAUACAUGGUACCAGGAAUGAAAUGCACUGUGUGAAGGUGCAAUGGAAUUUCUGAGGACCUCCAUCCUUUAUCUCUCUCACAUGAGGCAGCUGAAGAAUGGAAGAGGGAGAAGUUUGAGUUCAGUGAGAGAGGAGGGACACUAAAAGGAAAAAAGUGGCUUUUUUAAACAGUGACAGACAUUUGAGUAAAGCAGAGAUUGAGGGCAUGAAGAGAAAAAUGACAGGUUUAAACAAUGACAGGUUUGAGUAAAGCAGAGAUUAUGGGACACUUGAGGAAAAUGGCAGUUUUAAACAAUGGCUAGGGUUUUGAGUAACAAUUUGAAUAUAGGAAGAAGGCAGAUGGGAAAAGCUCUGUUGUGUUAGUUAGCUUCUGUAUUGUGUCCAUUUCUGCUAUUUCUCCUUGUUAAAACCCUUAAAAAAAAUAACAGUCCCUUAAUGUUCCUUCUCAGUCUAUUCAGACCUCUCUUUAAAUCACCACUUUCCCCGUCAGUGUCCCGUCUUGUGCAACCUGCCUUCUCCUUUGCUCCCCUCUCCCACCAUGACUUCAAUGUAAAUCAAGGAUUGAGCCUGUCCGAGCCCUGAGAUCACAGGAAAGAGCCGCCUUAGUGGCUGUCCCUAAACUCUGGAAGUCUCUUCCUGGGGAGGUUGGACUGGCUCCCUCUUUGCAGUUCUUUCAUUGGCAUGUGAAGACUUUUUUGUUCCAACAGGCUUUUGGGAACCGACUGCAAGGACUAUUAAAUAGGCUGCUGUUUUUACGGAUUAGAUUUUGUGUAUUUUUAAUCACUAUGUUUAAUCACCUGUGAACCUAGAAUUGCCUCUGAUGAUCAGGGGACUGGAAACAAAGCCCUAUGAGGAGAGAUUGAAAGAAUUGGGCAUGUUGAGCCUUGAGAAGAGAAUGAGGGAAGAUGUGAUCGUACUCUUCAAGUACUUGAAAGAUUGUCACACAGAGGAGGGCCAGGAUUUCUUCUUGAUUAUCUCAGAGUGCAGGACAUGGAACAAUGGGCUCAAGUUGCAGCUGAACAUCAGGAAAAAAUUCCUAACUGUUAGAGCAGUACGACAAUAGAACCAAUUACCUAGGGAGAUGGUGGGCUCUCUAGCCCUGGAGGCAUUCAAGAGGCAGCUGGACAGCCACUUGUUGGGUGUGCUUUAAGUUGGAUGCCUGCAUUUAGCAGGGGGUUGGACUUGAUGGCCUUACAGACCCCUUCCAACUCUACUAUGAUUCUAUUAAAUGGUUUUAAUUAUGUAGUUAGUUUAAUAACAUUUUAAUUAUAACUUCUGUACAGUUUAUAUGUGUUUAACUGUAUUUGUUUUAACUUUUGUAAGCCACCUUGAGUCCCAGUUCUGGGGAAAAGGUGGGAUAUCAAUGAAUACAACCACCACCACAACCAACAACAACAACAAUGUGGCAUUACAAAUCCUCCAAAUGGGGCCCGCAUGACAACACUCUUACAUUUCUAUUAUAUGAAAGAUAACAUUGAGACUAAAGAAGGACCCUUGGCAGAUUUUGCUUGAAAGCUCAUAAUAAAAUGGUGCCUUAGAAAUAAUGUUAUCACUUUCACUUGCAUGCACCUGCAUAUCUUUCUUGGUAGCAGGAGGCGUGAUCCCAGGGUUUGAGAAGGUGGGGCUCCCUGCAUCCAUUUCCAUUCUAUCUCACGUUUCUCAGAGUUGUUGACUUUUCUUGGUGAAGAUUAAUAACUUGGAGACCUUGGGGCCUUGACCAACUAAGAUAGAAAGUACCAGCAGCGUGACGACUGAUGUAACCUCCUCCUGCACUUAUAUAACUGUUUUGUUGUUUCCCCUCACAUCUCAACUGAAUGAUCUAUUCAGGUGACAAAGGGUAGCUUCACUUGAUUUUUGGGAAAUGGAAAGAAAACUGGCUUUCUCAUCAUCAUCAUUUAUUUAAAUUUCUAUCCUGCUCGUCCUCCCAAAGGAGCCCAGAGUGGCGAACAACAGAACAGCAAAGCAAUAAAUAAAAAUAGGGUUGUUGUUUUUAAAGUCACAUAUCAUCAAAGCUAAUGAUUUCAGGGAUUGCCAGGAACAGUAUAUCUUGGCCAUAAAAUUCCUGAGUAAACAGGAAUGUUUUAGAAUUCCUCCUGAAUGUUGAUAAUGAGGGAGACAGGCACACCUCACCUCACACCUCCAUACAUGGGGCCCCUCUAUUGAGAAGGCCCCGUCAGGGGUCUGUGCCGUAACUAGUUUUACUCAAAGACAAGAACUAUGGUUUCUGAAGCUGGGAACAAUGACUGCUUCAAAUAAAAAUGCUGAGAUAAUAGCCUUACAGUAAGGGGCAGAGGAAGUUCUGAGCACCCUGCAAUUCUGAACUGUAUGGCAGAGGGAAUCCUCCACUGCAGGGCUUCAGAUGACAAGAGUAGAGGGAGGUUUGGAGUGUGGCAUCAUCAGUAUUCUGAUAGCACCUAACUCAUUUUCCUCCAAUCUAGGUCAUACAGAAUAUGGAGAAACCAACUGGUUCUCAAUUGGAAAGGGUGUGAGACGGGUGUAUUUUAUCACCCUAUUUAUUUAAUCUAUAUGCAGAACAUAUCAUACAGAAAGUGGGAUUUGGACCAAGAUGAAGGAGGUGUGAAAAUUGGAGGGAGAAAUAUCAGUAAUUUAAGAUAUGCAGACGAUACCAUAUUACUAGCAGAAACCAGUAAUGAUUUGAAACGAAUGCUGAUGAAAGUUAAAGAGGAAAGCACAAAAGCAGGACUACAGCUGAACGUCAAAAAGACUAAAGUAAUGACAACAGAAGAUUUAUGUAACUUUAAAGUUGGCAAUGAGGACAUUGAACUUGUUAAGGAUUACCAAUACCUCGGCACAGUCAUUAACCAAAAUGGAGACAAUAGUCAAGAAAUCAGAAGAAGGCUAGGACUGGGGAGGGCAGCUAUGAGAGAACUAGAAAAGGUCCUCAAAUGCAAAGAUGUAUCAUUGAACACUAAAGUCAGGAUCAUUCAGACCAUGGUAUUCCUGAUCUCUAUGUAUGGAUGUGAAAGUUGGACAGUGAAAAAGGCAGAUAAGAGAAAAAUCAACUCAUUUGAAAUGUGAUGUGGGAGGAGAACUUUGUGGAUACCAUGGACUGCGAAAAAGACAAAUAAUUGGGUGUUAGAACAAAUUAAGACAGAACUAUCACUAGAAGCUAAAAUGAUGAAACUGAGGUUAUCAUACUUUGGACAUAUCAUGAGAAGACAUGAUUCACUAGAAAAGACACUAAUGCUGGGAAAAACAGAAGGGAGUAGAAAAAGAGGAAGGCCAAAUAAGAUAUGGAUUGAUUCCAUAAAGGAAGCCACAGACCUGAACUUACAAGAUCUGAACAGGGUGGUUCAUGACAGAUGCUCUUGGAGGUCGCUGAUUCAUAGGGUCGCCAUAAGUCGUAGUCAACAUGAAGGCACAUAACAACAACAACAACAGGUCAUACAGUUUUCUAUAUGCUGUGAUCCUAUUUUCUCAAGAGUACAGCUGUGUGGCUUCCACAGUGAUAAGGAGGACUUGCCCCUCUAUAAAAUGCUGUUCAGGACUUCAUUUGGAUGCUCCAUUUGAAGGCAAGAUGGGGAAGGUGCUGCUGUGGGUUGGCUUGGCUGUUUUGCUGCAGUUACAACUAAGCUCUGCUGAUGAACCCACAACUCCUCAGCCAAGUGAUGAGAAUGGCCAUUCCUGCAAAGUUGUGUGUUAUUUCACUAACUGGGCUCAGUACCGUCCUGAACCUGCCAAGUACUUUCCAAACAAUGUGGACCCAAAUCUGUGCACUCACCUCAUGUAUGCUUUUGCAACUAUGAGUGAAAACAAGAUUGCUCCUUAUGAGUGGAAUGAUGAAGAUGUCCUCUUUCCCCAGAUCCAAGCACUAAAGAACAGUAAUUCUGCCUUGGUGACACUGCUGGCUAUUGGAGGGUGGAACUUUGGUACACAAAAAUUCACUACCAUGGUUUCCACUGCAGCCAACCGCAAGGUUUUCAUAAACUCGGGGAUUGCAUACCUCCGCAAAUUUGGCUUUGAUGGGAUUGAUCUGGACUUUGAAUAUCCAGGUUCUAGAGGUAGCCCCCCUGAGGACAAGCAUCGUUUCACUGUCCUGAUCCAGGAAAUGGUGGCAGCUUUUGAACAAGAGGCCAAAGAGACUGGGAACAGCAGGUUGCUGGUGACAGCAGCUGUGUCUGCUGGUAAACCAACCAUUGAUGCUGGAUACGAAAUUGAAGAAAUAGGAAAAUAUCUAGAUUUUAUUAGCAUAAUGACCUAUGACUUCCAUGGCGGCUGGGACACCUUCACAGGUCACAACAGUCCCCUGCAUGUUGGUUCAGCAGAUAUUGGAGACUACAAAUAUUUCAACUGUGAGUUUGCCAUGAAAUAUUGGAGAGACAAUGGUGUUCCUGCUGGGAAGCUUCUCAUGGGAUUUCCCACCUAUGGACGCACCUUCAGGCUUUCUACUAGUGAUACAUCAGUGGGUGCUCCUGCUUCUGGGGCUGGCUCUUCUGGACCGUACACUCGUGAGGCUGGCUUCUGGGCUUAUUAUGAGAUUUGUACCUUUAUAAAGGAUGCUACCGUUGUUUGGAUUGCAGACCAGUGUGUCCCUUAUGCUUACAAAGGUUCUGAGUGGGUUGGAUUUGACAACAAAAUAAGCUUUGACUAUAAAGCCCAAUUUGUGAAGGACAACAAAUUUGGUGGUGGCAUGGUGUGGGCUAUUGAUCUGGAUGACUUCAGUGGCUCUUUCUGUGGUGAAGGUCCUUACCCUCUGAUAAAUGAGCUGAAGAGCCAACUUGCAGGAAAGGUUUGUGGUGACCCAGGAAGUAUCAUCAUACCAACGACGACUCCUCCUGGACCUACCACCACUCCAGAUCCAAAUGCUCCCACCACUACUCCUGGAGAUGAGACAGAAUUUUGUGCAAACAAAGCUGAUGGCAUAUAUGCUAAUAAAAAUGAUCCCAAUAAAUUCUACGUUUGUGCUGGAGGCAGGACAUUCCCCAUGUCUUGUGCAGCUGGCCUGGUCUUUGAAGACAGCUGUAAGUGUUGCAACUGGCCACCAAAUUAAGGACUCGCAGAAACAUUGUGCUUUCAACCAUCUCUUCUUACAAUGUCUGUAGCACCUCCCUUCCCCUUCA